UUAGAAUAUUCUGGUACCAAACAGCUGUUAAAAUUGGCUGAAGGAUGCUCUCCCCUCGAUUGAUUUUGUUGGUUUUGUGUGUGCUGAACUCAGGCUGUGCAGUUUUUGGAUUUUUAGAUGCAUGGACGUAUUCGACGACUGCGAAUAGCAAAACCUUUUUCUAUGUUUACGUGCCAUCAGGUCUGAUAACCCCAUAUGUUCUGACUAAUCAGAAUGCAUCCAAAAUCAAGUCGUACACUAAAUUCAAUGGGUCUUUGCCAGUGAAGCUUCUGGUGCAUGGAUAUUGGAGGAAUGCCACCUAUGGGGAUGAACUUCGCGACAGAUAUCUAGCCUGCGGAAAAUACAAUGUAAUUGACGUACGCUGGUCGGUAGGAGUGGAUACCAAUAUUUGGUUGAUAGCUCAGACAAACGCAUAUUUCGCUGGGCAUGCCUUAGCACAAUUCCUAACUACCUUACAAAACGAGGCAGGAGUACAAAUGAACAAAGUAGCAAUAAUCUCCCACGGUUUAGGAUGCACUGUUGCAAGCAUAGCUGGAGAACAAAUAGGGAAUCUGUCCACGAUUGUGGCGUUAGAUGCUUCCUGGAAUUUCAUCUCUGGAUAUAUAAAACGUGACUCAGCACAAUACGUUCAGGCGAUACAUACAGAGACUCUCCUUUGGGGAACAGUCUGGACAGUGGGUCAUGCCGACUUCUAUGUAAAUGGAGGCGAUUACCAACCAGGUUGUGGCUGGUUUGGCACUAGAUGUAGUCAUAUUUACUCUGUACAGUUAUUCAUUGAAUCACUUCCAAAAUCCCCAUUCAGUGGUUGCAGGAGAGAUUCCAAUGGAGAUUGCGGCUACGUAAUGGGCGGUGAUCCUCUUCAAGUGUAUAGUGGAGUAUUUGAUGUUAGCACCAGGGAAGGUUAUUCAGCAAAUAAUGCAACUGUUUGGAAUUUAUAUAAUUUAUUUUAAAUAAACCUGGAGCUUGUGUGAAAUCAAAUGAAUUAGUUAAAGGAAAACAAUUAGCGGGAAGUUUCUUCAUUUUCGUUUGAAAAUGUCAUAGAUAUCUCCAAUUAAAUUUGCUUGAAAAGAAUAUAGAUUUAAUGAUUUGAAAGGUACAAAAAUAAAAUAAUGAAAAGUUCAAAUUAUACGAUCCUUUGAUGAAAAUUGAUAAGAAAACUUAUAAUAUGUAUUAUAUAUUUUAGUAAAUACAAUACAUUUGCACUUAAUGUAGUACCUGAAUAAAAAUAAUUUAUUAUA